UCCGAAUAUGAAUUCCCAACAAUAAUUCAAGUUAAAAUUGAUAAAUUAUAUCAAGACUUACCUUGUACGAGAUUUUUAAAUUCAAUCGUUGAAAAAAAUUAUUUAUUUGUUGAAGAUUAUAAAUAUCAAAGACUUGAAAUGUAUAAUUUACAAUCUAUGGAUUUAGAACUAACAUUCCAUGAAAUUUCUCUUCCAAAGAAAACGAGUGGAAACCCUAUUUUUUCCAUUUCAAAAUAUGGCAAUCUAUUAGCAUACUAUAGUGGUACAAAUUGUAUUUCGAUUCAUUUAAUGGAAAAUGGACUUAAGGUUGCGACGAAAGAAUUUACUGACGCAUUCAAAGUCCUUUCAAUUUCAUUUAUUAAUAAUGAUGAAAGAUUAUUCGUUGUCACUGAAGAAGACUCUGAAAAAGUCACCGAUGAAGUCACAAUAAAUAUUUGGGAUCUUUUUACCUUUAAAUGUGAUGUACACAAGAUAGUCGAUCAUUUAAAUAUUUUUAGUUCUUUACAAAAGUCUAAUUGUCAUUCAGUCGCUUUUUCAAAUGAAUUUAUACUUGCUUUUUUACCAGAUACUGAUAGAUUUAUACAUGCAUAUAGUCCAGAUAAACUUAUACGUUUAAAAGAUACCAUUAAUCAAGCUCAAAAAAAUUACUCGAAAACAGACGACUUUAAAGUUAUAAAAGAAUUUAACGUUAAAAAAGAACCCUGGGUUCAUAAACGAAAAAAUAUUAGUAUUUCUUAUCUUGAUGAAGAGAAAACCAUUCAACUUAUUAUUGGAGAAACUACAGUUCAAGUUUGGAGGGAAAGCUCUAUAAAUAAACAAGUUUUAGACUAUAUUUGGAUGAAUCAAGAAAAAUUUACAACAGUAUCUCUGAAGAAAGAUGUUUUCAAGCGUGAAUUUUAUUUAAGUUUAUCAUGGACUGAUAAUAAAAAUCAAGAGCAUAAUGAGUAUAUGAUUCAUUGGCCAAAUGAAGCUCAUGUCCUCAAAGACGCAUGUGUUGCUAUGGAGUAUCUUUAUAAACGAAGAGAUGAACCUGUAGGGACAAAAAACCUAAGCAAAUACAAAGGUUUGGUUGCAAGCACAGAAAGACUGAUUAAAACAUGCAUUAAAAACAAUCCGGAUUUAUGGAGUUUAUCUGAAGUACGAUAUGGCAUCAUGGCCAAUAUCAUCCGAUCAAAGAGUAUACCGUUGUUAAAUAAGAUCCUUUUCCAUUAUCAAGAAGCAGUUGGCAUUAAACAGGAUAAAAUGGGAGUUAUUAGUUAUUUGCAUAUUCCAAGGGAAUAUGAGUGGCCUAUGAAAAUGAUAGAAAGUUAUUCGAAGUCUGCUAAAACGAUAGAAAGUAAUUCGAAAGAAAGUGAUUUGAUGCUUGCUAUUAACAAUACUUCAGAUGGUUGUCGUAGGGAUAUAGUUAUCGUCGCCAUGUUGCUCGAAUAUUAUUCAAAUAAUGCAGAAAAAAAUACGGGUUGGAUGUUUACAGUGACCAAGGCUCUUCCUUCGCUUAACAAUCGUACCUUUGAAACUUAUUUGAAGGAGCUAUUAUACAAACCAUGCUUUGGAUCCAAAGAGGAAUACGUAGAUUCAAAAUUUGUGAAUCAAAGUAAAUUAAAAAAUGGAUAUAGAUCGGAAAUUUGUUCAUUAAACGUAAGACCACGACUACUUUUAUUAAAUCAAAAUACGUCUUUUAUGUCCUCAUUAUGGAAUACAUUUAAAUCUAAUAUUAAUUGGAGAUCAAAAGAAACGGAUGAAGAAAUUUCACAAGUAACUACUUUACGAGUAGUUCCAUUACCAGAUUUUACAAUUUAUCCAACAAAUGCGACAGAUAAAACAUAUAGAAAAAAUACAAGUAGAAAUGUUUAUGAAUUAUAUGAUAAUCCAGCAAUGGAAGCAUGCAUUGAUUUUAAAUGGGAGGCAGCGAGAGCUCAUUUUUUACGUCAAUUGUUAAUAUUCAUAGUCUUUUCGACCACUUUUGCAUUAAAUACUGGAAUUAUCAUAAAUGAUCACGCGAUUUCUUAUUAUUCUUCGUUGAUAUUAUCCUUUUAUCUUGGAUAUUAUCUUUUAGCGAUGGAAAUUGCACAAUUAUAUCACGAGAGAAUGAAAUAUUUUGGCAUAUAUAAUUUUCUUGAUCUUGCAUCUAUAAUGCUUGCAUUAAUUACGAUAAUGAACACUUACUUUUUAAACAUUGGAGAUGAAGAUGUUAAUCAAAAUAAAGAAAUCAUUAUUCCGCAAGCGUUUGCGGUCUUACUUUUAUGGUUUGAAUUUUUAUUCCUGAUGCGAUACUUUAAGAGAACUGCAACUUAUAUUAACAUGAUUUUAAACAUUUUAAAAGCUAUUUAUCCAUUCCUAAUUUUUAUGUUAAUUGUGGUUAUUGCUUUCGGUCAUGCAAUGCAUAUAUUAUUAGAGAAACCUACACUUCUUGCACUGAUACCUAAUGGCAAUGCAUAUAACAUCACAUCAUCAUCAAUUCCAGACUUUGAAAACACGAAAAUUGAACAACUCUUUGAACUAGAUAAACCUAUUGAGAACUAUUAUAGUAGCUUUUUAAGUUCUGUUAUGGGGGUUUAUUUUUGGAUUCUCGGAAGAUGGGAUCAAUUAGAAGAAUGGGAUUUCUGGCCAAUUCAUGUAAUUAGUAUAGGCGCAAGUAUUUUAAUGGUCAUCAUUAUGCAGAACUUGUUGAUCGCAUUUAUGACGGGUGUAUAUGAGAAUGCCAAAAACAAUGUAAAACUAGCGGUGAUAGGUUAUAGAGCUGAUUUGAUCGCUGAUUAUGAAACAUUAGAAAAACCAUUCGGUAGUUAUAGAGGGAAUCGGAGAUAUAUUUAUUAUGUUGGAAGUUCUAAAUAUCAAGAAGAAUGGAUGGCUAAAGCUGAAGAAUAUAGGAGUACUCAUAAAUCAAUAUUAUCUGAAUUAUCAAAUUUAGAUGAUUCGGAUGAUGAAGAUGUUACGAAUGAAGAACUUGAUGAAAAAUUAUUUAAAAUACAAAAUGAGUUAGCGAGUAUUAAAGAAUUGUUAUUGUCCAAUAAGGAUAAAUGA